AUGGGGAGCCCCAACAGCUCGGAGCUCCUGGUCUUUUGCAGCAGCGGCAGCAGCUGCAGCAGCUCGGGGCAGCUCCUGCUGCAGCCCUUGUGGGACCGCCUGAGGUCCCACAACUCCAUCCUGCAGUCUCCCUUCUUCCCGGUCAUCUUCUCCAUCGCUACCUACGUCGGAUUUUGCCUGCCCUUCGUGGUCCUGGAUGCCCUGAGCCCCUGGGUGCCCAUGCUGCAACGCUACAAGAUUCACCCCGACUUCUCGCCAUCACUGAAGGAGCAGCUGCUGCCCUGCCUGGGGCAGACGCUCUGGCAGCACCUGAUACUGGUGUUCCCCCUGACUCUGUUGCAUUGGACAGGUCGCCCCAAUUUGCUGCCCCCCGAAGCCCCCGGGUUGUUCCAGAUGCUGCACCACCUCCUGCUGUGUCUGCUGCUCUUUGACACGGAGUUCUUUCUCUGGCACGUCCUGCAUCACAGGGUGCCCUGGCUGUACCGCACCUUCCACAAGGUCCACCACCAGAAUGUGUCCUCCUUCGCCAUGGCCACCCAGUACAUGAGCCUUUGGGAGCUGGUUUCCUUGCUCUUCUUCGACGUGAUGAACAUCAAGCUGCUCCAGUGUCACCCGCUCACCGUGCUGAUGUUCCACGUGCUCAACAUCUGGCUGUCCGUGGAGGACCACUCAGGCUACGACUUCCCCUGGUCCACGCACAGGCUGGUGCCUUUCGGCUGGUACGGUGGCGUGGCCCACCACGACUUGCACCAUUCUCGCUUCAACUGCAACUUUGCUCCUUAUUUCACGCACUGGGAUAAAUUGCUGGGCACCCUGAGAACUUCGAUACCUUCAAAAAAUCGUAACAUCUGGAAAACAUCGCUGAGAUUUCCAGGGAAAGUCAAUGAGCUAAAAAAGUACCUGCACAGUGGGUGCAAAAAGGCUCUGUAUGCUGUGAGAUUUUUGGUCUUUAGGAAGUUACCCUUGGAAAUGCAAGUUAAGGUCCUUGGAAGAGUGCUGAAGAAGCAGCAUGGAAUCCUGGUCAUGGAAACCAUGAUCAUGGCUGCUCUGGAUGGAAAUGAGUUAAAAUCAGGUGAUUAUGAGUAUCAACUCCAAAAUUCUGAGACAGUUAUGCUUCAAAUUAAUAUGACAUAA